CACAUUGCGCUGCAAAGUGGGAGAGCAAAAGGGAGGGAUAUGCUACCCUUGUUAUUCUUAGGCCUUCUGGCUCACGCCUGCUUGGUGAGGCCCCAACAACUCCAGCCCAAAAACAUAUUCAUCUUAGCCGGACAAAGCAACAUGGCCGGACGUGGAGGCGUGGUUAACAACACCUGGGACGGCAUAGUCCCUUCCCAGUGCCAGCCCAACCCCUCCAUUCUCCGACUCAGUGCAAACCUCACUUGGGUUCUAGCCCAGGAGCCCCUCCACGCGGACAUCGAUACCAAAAUGAUCACUGGGGUCGGACCCGGCAUGGCUUUCGCCAACGUCGUCUUGGCCAAAGACCCAACCUUUGGGGUCAUUGGUCUGGUCCCCUGCGCGAUCGGAGGGACUGCGAUAAGCCAGUGGGGUCGAGGGACUUCCCUCUACAAACGGUUGGUGAGGAGGGCUCAGGCCGCGCUGCAAGACGGUGGGACAAUCCAAGCGCUUCUUUGGUAUCAAGGCGAGGCAGACACAGUGAGUAAAGAAGCUGCCGAUUCAUAUGGGGCAAAAUUGGAGAGCUUUUUCGUUGACGUCCGAGAAGAUUUGAAGUCUCCAAUGCUCCCAAUAAUCCAGGUAGCUCUGGCGUCAGGUUCAGUACCUUUUGUGGACACUGUUAGAGAAGGUCAGCUGGGAAUUGACCUUUUGGAGCUCCGUACUGUUGAUGCCAAGGGUCUACAGCUUGAAUCGGAUGGUAUACACCUGACGACGCAAGCCCAGGUUCAACUAGGAGAGAUAAUGGCAGAUACAUUCCUUCAAUUGCUACCCAGUACUAAUGGCCCCAUCCUCAGCCCUAUUCCAAGCAGUGCACCCAGAAGAGCUAUCGGCUAUGUGACUUGGAUAUGCCGAGUCAUCAUCAAGCACUUGAAUUACCUGACAUAACAGGCUUUCAGUAUCUGGGAUGUUAUGGAUGGGGGUGAUAUGGCCGUAUAACAUGCACAUGGAGUAGUAUACCUUGCUUGUUAAGUAGUAGAGUCAUUUUCGUAUUAUGUUAUAAAGCUUGUUUGGUAAGUAAUUGUGUUGUGGAAUAUUUGUGUGUUGUAUAGUAAAAAGUAAUUGAUGUGAUAUAAAAUUUGAAAAUGUUUUAUAGAAAA